AUGCACUUCGCCAAGCUCCUCACGCUCGUCGCGCCCUUCGUCGCCGUCGUUGCUGCGCUGCCGCACGCCGGCUCGGAGCUGCAGACCCGCGGCUACACCUACACGCCUGCCGACUGCACUCCCAUCUACGCCGUUGGCUCGGCAAACGCAAACCUUCAGCUCUCGGCAAAGGUCGAUGUGCUGGGCGCCAUCGACAGCCUGGCCGGUGCGCUGCAGGGCGUCGUCGCCGGCAUCACUGCCAAGGUCGAUGUGGCCGUCCAGCAGACGGUCCACGACGCUGUGCUCGACGUCGAGUUGGCUCUGAAGGCGGCUGCCAGCGUUACGGCGACCAUCAAGGCUCAGACCGAGGCUACGGUCAAGCUGACGGCUGCCGAGGUCGACGCGGCCGUCAAGCAGGCGCUCGCCGCCUCCAUCGCGCAGAUCAACGGCGUGCUCGCUGCUUCCAUCAAGCUGCAGGCUGUCCUGCGCGCCGACCUCGACGCCGCCUACGCGCAGAUCUCGCAGUACAUGUCCGCCAUCACGCUCGACCUCACCACGCUCGUCGGCGGCUCGCUUGCCAUCCUCGGCGACCUGCGCGUCCUCGCCGGCAUUGCGACGAUGCUCGGCGGCGCCGGCUGCGGCUGCGGCGGCUUUGCCGACACGCUCUACCUCAACCUGCGCCUCGACAACAACGUCGUGCCCGUCGUGUGCAACCUGCUCGGCUUCGUCGUCGGCCAGCUCGAGACGACGCUGCGCACGCUCCUGGCGCCGUUCGCCCUCAAGACGGGCGUCAAGCUCGGCGCGGGCCUGCAGAUCAGCGCGGCGCUCAAGUCGACGCUGACUCUCCUCACCGGCACGUGGCACUAG